AUGGAAUCCUACAAGGAGCUCACUUGCGAGUUCUUAGCUUCAAUGAGGUACCACAUGUAUGAAGAGGAAGAUAGAGCUGAUUUGGACCAAGGAUUGGGAUGGAUCACGUUCUUGGCUAAGGGAGAGAAGAGAAUGGUGACCUUUAGGCAGCUGGAAAUCUUGUUUGGGUUCAACUAUGGAGAGGGUACCAAGUGGAACUUCAAGGAAAAGGAACUCCAAAGGGUUUGGGCUACAAUCGCUGAUGGAGUGUACUCUUCCUCAAGGUCCAAGGCAGCUCAGAUCAGGAGCCCAGUCUUGAGGUAUGUGCACAAGGCACUUGCCAACACCUUCUUUGCAAGGAAGGCGACCGGGACCAUCAACGAGGGGGAACUCAAGUUUCUUGACAUGGGAAUCAAGCCCUUCUCUCACGCACAAGCGAUGGCAAGAGGAUCAGGGGAGAUAGAUCUGACACAGGGAACUUGA